AUGUUGGAAGCUUGGGAGAAAAAAGAAUUUGGUACAAGUGAAUUUAAUAAAAAACGAUAUUUACAUCUAUAUCCAUGUCAUAUGUGCCACAAACGAUAUAAAUACAAACAUGGAUUAAAUCAACAUUUAAAGUAUGAAUGUGGAAAAGAUCCAGCAUUUUUAUGUGGAAUAUGUAAUUAUGCAACGCAUGUGAAAAAUGUGGAGAUGCUGGAACCAAUACUUGAAUUAGACACAAAUAUAUCUCCAAAUCAAUUAAUGCUUUCAUUAUCACAUUCAUGUGAGAAAUGUCCACGUACAUUUAAACAUAAAUCGAGUUUAUAUACGCAUCGUAAAUAUGAGUGUGGUCAAGAUCCGCAUUUUAUAUGUAGUAUAUGCGAUUAUCGAACAUAUUAUAAAGGAAAUUUACAAAAACAUUUAGCACGACACAAUAAUACCAGUUUAUCAUUGAUCGAAUCAGAUGAUAAAGAUGAAAUAAAAGAUGUUUUAAUGACUGUUGAUUUAGCUGAAAAAAGUACAACUUCAACGAAUAGUACAUCAAUCAAUAAUACUCCCCCAUCUACAACAAUUAAAAAAAUCAAUAACAAUAAAAUAACUACAAAUAAAAAGCAUGAAAAUCACAAACAUCCAUCAUUUCGCUAUUAUUAUUGGGCAGCCAUACGAAAAUUUCAAUGCCCUAUGUGUGAUUACAAGACAAGUCGUAAGGGUGAUUUGAAAACGCAUAUGUUUAAGCAUUCGAAUACAGACGAAUCACAACGUUUCGUAUGCUUAUAUUGUUCAAAAUCGUAUAAAUAUCCAACAAGUUUACGUAAACAUGUACGAUCUGUUUGUGAAAAAGAUCCUAAGUAUAAUGCAUUUGUUGGAUAUCGUUAA